GCAGAGGAUCAAGAUGCGAGGUAUCAAUCUGACAGAAAUCCUCAUGACGCGGUAGCAGGCGGCAGACAGCUGGAUAAGAGCUCAGGUAGGUGGGCGGGGGAGGAUGGGGGACACCGAAUAGCACCCUUUGAAACUAUGUUAUUAAUAAAUCAGCCUCGGGGUGUUUGGGGUGAUGCGAGCUUGACCUAUCUUUCAUCUCUUCGCGCUGUUUUUUUACUGCUUCGUUUUGAUUGUUUUAACCAGCAUCACCACUAGCUGCACAGUGCGCGAGCCUUGUUGUCGGGACGGUCAGUACAGACGUGUUUUUAGAAAUCGCAGCAACUACCACUGUCAUUCGUGAUAUGUCCUUUAGUGCAUUGCUUUGUAUAUAAAAUCCAACCUGUGUAGUGAUUAUAAAUACCUCUCGUGCACCAUUAUGGUAUUACAUCACAGCUUCUGCAUCACUGCAUGUGUCAACACACACACGCACACACACUGGGAGGAGGAGUGGCUGUGUGCCAGCCAGACCAUAAGGAACAUAACAGCGACUGGCUCCGGCACGUGAUGGAAAUAUGAGGCAGUGUUUGCACCUGUAAAUCAUCGUGCCCAUAGGGUUUACAUUACAGUAAAUACGGUAACCCUCUUUGCACCCUGCUGCACGUAUAGGCUCGCUUUAUAACUGCAAACUGCAACUGCAAGCAGUGUUUUUGUUGUUGUGAAGAAGAAUGAUGUUUGCUUUCAUUAUCCUCUGAGUUGUCUUGGAAACAGGAACCCGAUGCCCCUUCAGUAUCUUUAAUUUUAACAGCUGCUGAUUUAAUAAACGAUCAUAUUAAUGGAUUAACCUGUGUGAGGCCCCCAGCUGGGAAACAAAUAGCUGCUUUCAGAUUGUGUACUGCGUUUACAAAUGGCCUUUAUUCGUCUGAACACGUGUGACAAAAUUGUGAAUACAAUAGACUGAAUCACCAUAAUGCUUUGUCUUACUGGAGAUCUGUGAGGAUUUGUGAUCAUGGACUGUAUUAUGUAAGAGGCCCACAGUCUAAAUUGACAGAGAUUUGACAAAACGUAAUAAACCAUCUGUCUGUUAUUUCAAAAUGAUAAAAAGAAAUGCUUCAAUAAUGAUAAAUAAUACUUAAAUGCAUUAUUAAUGGCACAAAACUCACCUCAAUUGCAUCCAUGUUGUGCAAUGUAACAUUAGUCAACAUGAAAACACUGUUUACCGACAUUAGAUCUUUUAAAAAGUCCACGCACACCUAAAGAGGGAGUAUUAGUGAGAUUUUUAGCUGUUUAAAUUGUUAUAAAUAUUAAAAAGUUAUGAUUUGUUACCUUUGAUGUUUAUCCAGUCAUGAAUAUUUAAACUCUAGCACAGUGUUCAGAUGAUUUAGUGAAAGGCGUAUAAUGAGUCCUCUUGCGGUCUUGAAAUAAAUGACUGGUCGUUAUGAGUGUUAGUGAUGAAAGAGAGCUGGAAAAAUAAUCAUGUAUUGACUCUUUAUUCACAGUGUCCCUAUUGCAGGAUACUGAUUUAUAGGCCAGUGGCACCAGAGUAGAAGAAAUUUGGUUACAUAGACCAGACCCGUGCAUGUGACCAGCCUCUCUGCUUCUAUUCUCACCGAAAAAAACACAACAGUUUGUAUCAAACUGCAAGUCAGAUGCAAAUGUUUCCAUGUUGCUGCAUGGCCCUGUGUUGAAAUUUGAUAAUAAUUGUUUGUCAUUUGUAGAAAGAACCUGUAUGGCCAUGUCAUAUCUGAGGAGUAAAGCAGAUGGGGGGACAAAGUAUUAAUAUAGCAAUAGACUGAUGUGAUAAGACGUCUAACCCUGCCAAUAUGACUCACAACUUAAUGACGACUUGUGGUGACACUAAUGUCAUUAAUCCUGCAAUAAUCCUGCAAUAAUCCUGCAAUAAUCCGAUAUGGCGAUCUAUCAUGUAUCAUAGUAUAUUGUAGCGUAUUGUGUAUUCUCAUAUUGUAUAGUAUCAUACUGCAUCUGGUUAUAUCAUAUAGUAUUGUAUAGUACCAUAGUAUCCUAUCAAAACAUUAAAACAUGAAAUACAUGCGAUAUUAUACCAUACUGUUGUAUUUCACAUCAUAUAAUUCCAUGUUGUAUCUUCUUGUAAUCUAUUGCAUCAUAUUGUAUUGUAUCAUUGCAUAUCAUACUGUAUUGUAUAGUACUGUAUUAUAUAUAUCAUACUGUAUUGAUCAUAUUAUGGCAUAGGAAAGUAUAUGUCAUGGUAGCAAAUCAAUUAGUAUGGUCAUGUAAUGUAGCAUAGGCUAACAUAAUUUAGCGUAGCAUAUCAUAUGAUAUUGUAUUCUAAUGUAUUAUAUUGUAUCUUUAUUAAUUGUGCCAUUGAUCAUAGUAUAGUGUGUUGAAUCUCAUCGUAUUGUAUCUUAUUGUGUCUUUUGCUACCAUAUUAAGUUAUACUGCAGUUUAUCAUGACAUAUCUUAAAGUAUCGUAUCAUAACAUCUUCGAAUUAAUUGCUAAUAUGAAGUCAAAUCUAUAAUGGAAAAUUAAAAUCAACUGUUUGUCCAGUGAGGUUGGCAGAUGUGACAUCAUAGAGCAGGAGAAAGUUAGUACAACAAAUAUAUAUAAGGUUUUCAAGAUGUACUAUAUGAAAAUAAAAUACUGUGUAAAUAAGACAAACAUAAAGGAAAGACAAAUGCUUAAUUAGCUCAACGGUUGAAAAAAAUUGUAUAAAUCACAAUAUAUUGUAUCACAAUACUCACUGCAUUGCAAAAUGUUAAAAAUCGCAAUAAUUUUGUAUCAUGGCCCAAGUAUCGUGAUAAUAUUGUAUCAUGGGCCACUAGUGAUUCCCGCCCCUAAUUGUAACAUAGCAUAACAUAACGUUACAUAAUGUAACAUAAAGUAAUACAGAGUAACACAAUGAGCCACAAUGCAUCAUAUUGCAUUGUACUGUAUAACACUGUUAUUCCCACUGCUAUCAGAAAGUGCUGGUCUCUCUUGACCAAUGAGGACAGGGCACAUAGAUCUGUGUUGAAACCUUCACCAAAAGUAAACAUUUUAAUGGAUUCAGACUUAAAAUAACAGAUAUUAGUGAUUUUUCAGGGAUCUAUAAGCAGAUUUUGUUGACUGUUGUAUUUUGCUGUGAUUUGUAGAAAUUGCCAUUUGAUCCUCAUUUUGAAACAGCUCGAUACGAACAUUUCUAUCACUUCUUUGCAGCUCCAGCUUAUUUAGCGGCAGAAAACUCCACAUGUGCAUUAUGAAUCAAAGGCUGAUUGAGUGUUAACACUCAGAAAACCCACUAUGUGUCAUGUGUUUGUCAUGUAUUUGUUAUGCACAUGUUUGCAGUAUAUUCACUGGUAUGUGGGCUCCUCUCUCUCUCUCUCUCUCUCUCUCUCUCUCUCUCUCUCUCUCUCUCCCCCUGUGUGUCCAGCAGUUUCGAGGUAAAAAUGGCAGUGGAGAAGCGCCUGGCAUUUUCAAUUGUGCAGUUCCUACGAGAUCAAACACAUUGUGGUGCUUUGAAUUCUGAUGAGCAGGAGAGCCUCGAAGGUAGGCCAACACCCUGAGCACUUACACAUCGGAAAGCUCCUUUUAAAAAUAUCGGAAACUCUUGUUUUAUCCUGUGCAAGUCGGAAUAAAAUUAAAAGCUUUUGGUGUACUUUGUGAAGAGGAGUAGGUUUAGUCGGCUAAAGAUAUCAGGGUUUUGUGCGCAGCGUGUGCAGUGGGUGGUUUUAUUGAAUGAGAGGGAUGUGACAGAACAGUAAAAAAAUUCUCACUCUGGAUUUGCAGCCAAGCUCUGACUCACCACACGAAGGAUGAAGACCAAUUGUUCAGAUGUGAUAUUAAAACCUCAUUUUAAUACGUGCCAUAAAUUUGUACUGUCUCUGCAGUGGCCAUUCAGUGUUUGGAGACGACCUUUAAGAUCAGCUCCAGUGACUGCCAUCUUGCUGUGCCACAACCUCUGACAGAGAUAUUCCUCAAUUCCCUGCUAAAGGUGAGAGAUUCAUGAGGCCGGUUCUUGAACGCAGCAAUUUCCAAACCACAAAACCUCAGAGUUAUGACAAGAGAGACGCAGCACGGCCAGAUAAAACCAUAUAUGGCCAUUCUGGGAAGCAUGGCUGAUUCUGUUUGCCCAAUCAAAUUUGAUGAAUCAUAUCAUGACCUCUGCCUCACCUGAACAUCAGCAGGUGACGAAGAGAGACCUCAGUGUGUUAGCGUGUGACAGCGUGAAGCCAAACAAGUUAAGACACCAUUCAGAGACAUCACAUCCUGCACACACUCACCGAGAAGCCUGAUGAUUUCUCCAGAGAGAAACGGCCCAACUGUUGUACCAAAGAGCAGCUUUACAAAAGCUGCAUCUGUGCCAUCAAAUGAUCCACUCGCCUUGAAUAAAGCACUGACAGAGCUGCUCUGCAGGGAAGGAUGCGCACUGAAGCUGAGGAAUUAAUUCAUCUAAUAAAGGCUGCCCCUCUCUAAAGUAUUAACAUUCAUUUUAAUCAAAAAAUGAUGGAGCAGAUCAGUGAUAAGAUACAAGACAACUGUUUCACUCUGUUAGCAAAGGACGUGUUCUAAAGUGUAAUUACUUCAGGGAUGUAUGUUUAUGUCUCCAUUUACUUUAAGGGUUUUACCUGCAAAAAGAUUUUUAAUAACACUACUUAAAAAAAAGUGAAUACAGUUCCUUAUACCAUGUAAGUUAACAGGAUGAGGGUGUUGGUGGGCAGGGCUUAGCUGAUGGCCAAAAGACGAUGCGGACACCUUAACCCAGGGCUUGACACUAACUUUUUUCACAAGGAGCACAUGUGCUCUGAAGUUGAAAAAGUUAGGAGCACACAAAGAACCUUAGGGGCACAAUAAAAAUUGAUCAAAUAAUGUUUGUCUUAUUGGUCGACAUAAGUACUAUUAUUUGAAGUCAAUUUUAGGUCAAUUGGUCACAUGACAUGGCCAUUGAAGAAAAUAUUCAAAAUUUGCCUUUAAAUUUAACACAAAAAUUGUUAGAGGACUAAUUAGGGAAUUAAAGAGGUGUGUCUUACUGUCCGACCUUAGAACUAUUAUUUGAAAUCAAUUUUAGGUCAAUUGGUCACAUGACAUGGAAGCUAUUGAAAGAAAACAGCCUUUUCUAAGAACAUCAACCAGUAAUUUAUUGAUGGUCCCUUAUUCAACACCUGACGUUGACAGCGAGGGUGCUGAGUAGAUUCAACUGCGCUGCUGUUGUUAUUCCCGGUUAUGGAGAGUGAGAAGACACCGUUAGAUCUGCAGUGAAUGUCGUUGAAUAUCCAACCUAAAACUAACUUCACCGCAGUAUUUACAGGAAAAAACAUUUGUUGCCUCGGUUAAUUGUUUUUUAUGCGAACAUGUGCCCCUAAAUACAUUUUACAAUUGGCACACAUCUAUUUUUAGUCACAAAAGCGAGUGAAACGGUUGCACUGUCGAGCCCUGCCUUAAUCAGCAUUAAUCAGAGAGCUGUUCUGGCUUACUCUUUACUAGUGCAUUUUCACUAUGCUUGCAUGGCCCUUGCCUCUUCCUGCUCCUCUCCUUGCUCUCCUCUCUUCACAUGUGGCUGCAUGACUCUUUGCACUGCUGCAGCACUGGUCCACUAUGGGCUUAAGUAGCUUCUACAUCAUCCUCAUGCUCCUAAGCGUCAUUGCACAUCGAUCUGCGCUAGUCACAAAGUGGAAAUAUGAGUUGCUUUGUCUUACUGGAGAUCUGUGAGGAUUUGUGAUCAUGGACUGUAUUAUGUAAGAGACCCACAGUCUACAUUGACAGAGAUUUGACAAAACCUAAUAAACCAUCCGUCUGUUAUUUCAAAAAGAUUUUAAAAAAUGCUUCAACUUAGUCAUACAUAUUGAUAAAUAAUAUUUAUAUGCAUUAUUAAUGCCACAAAACUCUCCUCAAUUGCAUCCAUGUUGCACAAUGUAGCAUUAGUCAACAUAAAAACACUGUUUACUGACAUUAGAUCAUUUAAAAAGUACACACUAUUGAAAUUGAAAUCAAAUCAAUCACCCAGCUCUGAUAUACCUUGCUAUGAUUUAUAGAAUAAUGGAGUUUAGUGUAGCCUCUAGCAUAUGUAAUACCCUGAAACCUAAAGAGUUGCUCAGUGUAUUUCCCCACUUUAUAAGUUAAUUCAUAUUCUAAAUAUGUGACAGGCUAUUAAGUUGCUACAUGAUAUAAAAAAGCAGGAGAUUGGCAUUAGAUAUCGGCUGUAAAAAAAAUGAUAUGGUCGACUGUGUAACCAGGUUGGCUAGUUGUAAUUUAGUUAUGUUGGAUAAGCUUUAAAGCUCCAGUAAGGAAGUUUUAGUCUGUGUUGAUUUUGGCGCCCCCUGUGGACAAAACUGUAACUUCUGUCUUUUUUGCUGUCCUGUGCAUGUACGACUAGUUUAAGAGCAAAACCUCAUCCAACUUUUAAAAACUUUUACAACCUCUUUGAAAGAAAUGUAAAAACUAAAGGCAGUUUCUGCAAAACGUUAUAAAUCACUUCCACACCUAGCCGCCAGCGACGACUCCAGACUUUAAAAACUGCCUCAUAAAAAUAAUCAAUUUUUAUGCUGAUGGUUUUGUUUGCUUUUGUGGGUUGUAAAAAGGAAUCAAUAUUCAUUUCAGUCCAUCUCAUAACCAGCCAAAAACUCCUCACAGGAGCUGAAAUAAUGCAUUAUACGUGUGGUCAAGGUCAGUUUUCAUUGCAUCUCAAACCCUCUUCAUCUCAGCCUCAGAUUUCUGUCAUGAGUGACUUUUUGCCCCUGCAGAAUCAGUUUCAGUAUCCAUCUGAAAAAUCUGAUAAUGCUGCGGCACUGUUGUAUUAGAUUAAUAGUGUUUGUAGCUAGUUGAAUGCAUGCUACAUUAUCCACAGGCAACGCUGUAAACCUUUCACACAGCAGACAUUUUGAUUAUGGCUCCACUCCAGUGAUGGUUGCCAGGGCAUGCAGCCUCCCUGGCAGGCCUGUGCAGAGUAAAUCCUUUUUUAAUGACAUUAGCUACACCUGCUCUUUUCACUUCACCAUCACAGCACUAUUGUGAGCGCUACACAGCCACAGUUUAUUGAAACUGAAGCUCACUUGGAAGUAAAUCAUGUGACUGUUUUAUUUCCAUUUUCUCAGAAUGACAAUCUGACCAUACCAGAGAGCUCUCCGUCUCCGGAGGACAUAGAGCGAGCGGAGCAGCUUAAGAACGAAGGUAACGUCAUCUGUCAUAUUAAAACAAAGUUUUGUUUGGCUCUCCUUGAUGAUAUGCUGCAGGAUUUACCAGCCAGUAAAAAUGCCUUUUCACAUUAAAUUAUGAACAUUAUGUGAUCCCAAAAACAGAAAAGCCCAGAGGAGCGUUAAGGAGGAACAUCCUGGAGCUCUGCAGCUCUUUCCACCUUGAGGAUGACUUAUUAAUAGCUCUAUGUGCAGCCCUUGGCAAAAGUGCUGUAUUGAUCUCAGAGGGUUUUAAAGAAGAAAAUGAGUGCCUGGUAUAAAAUGAAAGUACAAAACUGUCACAUUAAUCUUUUUCUAUACAUAUUUAUUAUAAAAGCUUCAAAUUGAAGAUGAAACAUUAUCUUCUUAAGCUUUCCAUGCCAACAAAGUCAUCCUUCUCUCUAGCCUUGAGUCUAACCUGCAGUAAAAUCAGAUAAAUCACAAUUUACAUCAAUUAUUAGAGUUAGACACCACUGAAACUUUUUUCUUCUCAAAAGAUUUUCUUAUGAUGAUGAAAACUUAAACUACUCCUGUAAAAGCUUCGGCUUUAUUCUGUAUAUGUCUUUUUAAGGGAACAACCACAUGAAGGAGGAGAACUACAGAUGCGCAGUGGAGUGCUACACAAAGGCCAUCGAUCUGGACCUGAGAAACGCUGUUUACUACUGCAACAGGUACGUCCUACAACACACACUCUGUAUCUUUAAAUAUCACUACUUCUGUCAUGGUUUUUAUGCAACAGACAGCAAGCAAGGAGAGAUGAUCAGAAAUAGAUGUGGUUAGAUAUUCAUGCAGGUGACGUGAAGGCCAAAGAAGCAUUCAGUGAGGAGGCUUAUCACAUGGCACCUUCAUCCCAAAACUUAUGCUCUAUUGAGAAUUCUAUUGAUACCAUACCAUGUCCCCAGUCAGCCGCUGCAACCUAGGUAUAGAUAUACAGUCAGUAGAAGCCGAUACAUGACUAGGGUUAUCUAAUUGGGCUCACCAGUCAGCUCCCACAUCCCAAAGCCACCCCUCUUUCCUGCUGUCUCUCACCUUCCACCAAAUCACACAUCAAAAAGCAGAAAAAACACAGACACCAAACCUUUGUCGAUUAUUCUGUUGUUUUUGGCAAAAAAACACAUCUUGCUGCGAUGGUUAACUCCCCAGAUCCCUGCAUUCGACAUGUGGAUAUCAUAGAUUUCUGCUCUUAUUCCUCUUGAGAAAUUGACUCAUGAUCUUCAUCAGAAAUCAGACAGGUUUUGGAGAAUCUGAGAACCUUUGCACCCCUCUACAUAAGCUAUAAUUCAUCAUCUGCCCCUGGAGGAUGAGGACUGUCUGCUCUUUCAUUUUUUUGUAUGUGCCCUUUUUUACCUGUCUCCUGCCAUCUCUUUAUUCACUUAGUUUUUUUAAUCUUAUGUAUAUGUAGAAAUAUAAAAUGCAUUGCUCAUUGUUAGUUUGGGGUGGGAUGUCUUUUGGGUUGGUUUUGUGCUCUAUUAUCUGUUUUGUUCGUUUAAUUUUAUAACGUUUAUAAAAGUGAAAAACCAAUAAAAAGAGUAUUAAAAAAGCAGAAAAAAGGAGAGAUAGCAAAGAAAAUAGGUGAAGAAGCCCUGGAAAGAGGACAGAAUAAUUGGUCCCAUUAGAGCAGUGUGCCUUGUUUUAAGAGGUAUAAAAAGUGCACCUUCUACACUAAAUUUUACGGUAAUUGUCCGAAAGCAUUAUAUGGAUGAAAACAACCGCUUGUGAUGAAGAGUCUGGGUGUGAACCUUUGCAGGGCUGCAGCUCACAGUAAACUGGGAAACUACACAGAAGCAACUGGGGACUGCGAGAGAGCCAUUGGGAUCGAUCCAACCUACAGCAAAGCGUACGGGAGGAUGGGGUGAGUGAGCCUUAAAGGGAUAUUCUUGCGUAAAAUUAAGUGAGUGUCAAACACACCAUAACACCAAGUUAGAGACCCCCUCAAGAGAUGGAUGUUGCCGACCACUUGCUUCUCUAGUUAUAUUAACUUUAGUAACAACCACAGAUAGCAAUACAGAGAGCCACACGCUCAACCUAUAGCCACAAAUAAUGCUCAGAACAGCACCUAACUUCAUCAACAGUACAUAUAGGGUCCCAGCCAUAGUACUAGCCACUAAACAUCUUUUUAACUUUGCCUGAUUUGCCUGAUACUGGCUGCCAACCAGGAUGUAAACACAACUCACCGUCUCUCUUCCAGCAGCCACUUGUUUGUACGGAUACCUCCGGGCAAGUCCAUGCAGCUCAAGGAAGAACAUUCAUGAUCAUUUCUUUAUCAUUUCCUUGAAGUAAUAAUCAUCAUAUUAAUCAUUUUGCACUGCAGACGCCCAGAGGUCUCCGUACAAACAAGCGGCUGCUGGAGGAGAGAGAGUGAGUUGUGUUUAGUCUCUUUGCUAAAGAAAUUAGGCAAAGCUAAAAAGAUGUUUGGUGGCUAGUGCUAUGGCUAGGACCUUAUAUGUACUGUUGGUGAAGUUAGGUGCUGUCUGAGCAUUAUUUGUGGCUAUAGAGUGGCGUUUUGGUUGAGUGCGUGGCUCUCUGUAUUGCUAUCUGUGGUCGUUACGAAAGUUGGUGUAACUAGAGAAGCAAGUGGUCGUCAACAUUCAUCUCUCGGCGGGGUGUCUAACUCGGGGUCACGGUGUGUUUGACCCUAGCCUAAUUUUACGCCGGAAUAUCCCUUUAAGUGUUAUGCUUUUUGUACCUUACUGACAUUUGCAUGCAAAAAUAGAGACAUAUACUUGUAAAUAUGGCUAACAAGGACAUGCAUGUGAAAAACUGGAGCCUUAAGACAACAUAAAGGAGGAAAAAACAGUCCUUCUCUGUCCUUGUUUGCAUUUAUGUUUGAUGAUCUGCUCUGCUGUAUUUCAAAAGAUCUCUGGCUCUUUAAUGUCUUUAGGCUGGCUUUGACCGCCAUGAACAAGUAUCCAGAGGCAAUUACCUACUUCAAAAAGGCGUUGGUGUUAGACCCCGAGAACGACACCUACAAAUCCAACCUGAAGAUCGCAGAGCAGAAGCAGAAAGAAGCAUCCAGCCCAGUGAGUAAAAACAAGCUUUUAUGUGAAGUAGCAUACACAAAAGCUCUUUAAACCCCCAUGUAUAACUUAGCAGUGGUUUCUCUUACUUAAAAGUGUGUGUUUUUGUGCUACAGAUAGCUGCAGGACUGGGAUUUGACAUGGCCAGUUUAAUCAACAACCCGGCCUUCAUUAGCAUGGUAAUUUACACUCACUGUACACAACAAGCCUGGCUGCUGCUCAGUAAACUCUCCAUUUGUCCUGCAGACAGGUGUCUUAUGUUUGUUUUGUCUUGGGCAAGGUUAGGGCAGAUAUUUUCCCUAAUUAGUCCUGUGAGUGACAGCGAGGUCGUUAAUCAGCCGAGCUAUUGUGGAGCGGAGAGGACUCGUCUCAGCCCGGAGAGAGCAGACUUGUUAGACGAUGACACACGGGAACGUCUGCCAGGACAGGAAUGCUGCUACAAGCACGCCAGUUUUAUUACACCAACAACGACAAAAUACUUCUUAAUCAGACAGCCGUGUGUGAACUCAGGCUUGUGUAACGCUGCCAAAGUAGAGAAGUAAACAGUCCUUUCUGAAAAAUGUCUCCUCUUUAAGUCAGUAAAGGAUCUAAAAUAGUGCGGUGGGAUCAGGAGGAGAUCCAACAGGGUGGUAAAAAAAUUAGCCCCCAUUGAGAGUUGAUUUGCUACCACAGGUGCCACACCAAAAUAAGAACGCUUUAUAUGCUGCAGCAUGCUUUCUUUGCAUUUCACUGUGGCCCAUUUCCCCAAGUCAGCACUUUAAAGCUUCAGUGAGGAGUUUCAGCUGGUUAUAAAACAGACUGAAAGCAAACAAGAACAACAGCUUCUUGGAUAUGAUUUUUUAAGCCUGUAAUUGCUGUGAGGGGGGCGGUGUCAGAUUAGAUGAUUGACAGCACGUUAAAAAAACGCCAUUUCACUUUUACCCACAGCAGAUAUUUACAAAACCUGCUGAACAACCAAAGCAGGAGCUGAUUUUAACAAAGAAACAAGAGUUAUUGCCUUGUCCACAGGGAGGCGCCAAGCCAGCUCCUAUACAAAUCACUUACAUUAGCUCUAAAUCAUAUCUACUCAUUAAAAAUGUAUUGACAUUGACAUUUAUUUACAUAAUUUAUUGAAUUUCCUUUGGGGUAUUAAUAAAGUUCUUCUUAUCUUAAAUCACUAAAAUUUGGGUCACGCAGCCAAAAUAGUCAGGAUCUGCCUCUUAAUGGAAACCCAUUUACGGCCUCUGUAAAAACUUUCACCUCAAGACAAAAAACCAUACCAACUAAACAAAGUCAGCAUGAGCCCAGAGGAGGAUUUCUAAAAGUUUUAUGUGCACAAAGAAAGAGUUAAUCACUAAUUUCAUACUUGGGAUGUUUAAUGUUGGUUAUGCAAAUUAGGGAGAGGUUUAUCCCUUCUUAAUUUGCAUACAUUGCAUACAUUAUCCUGCCUGAUACUGGCUGCCAACCAGAGGUAGAGACAAGUUGACUUAAAGUAUUUAUUUAAAGAUGAUUUUCAGAUUUUUAAAUGAUUUAUUUAAGCAGCUGAAAAUAAAAAGUCCCUUUAGUUCAGAUACUUCCAUUACAAAAGUAAUCUUCUCAGCUAAUUUGAAGGUCAAAUUAACAAUAAAUCAAACAUUUUCAUUUAGGGCAUAGUCUUAGGAUGAGCAGAAAAUAUUAGCCUAACUCCAACCAUUUCAAACCACGUAGCAGUUUGUGAUUACUUUGUGUGUUUUCUUCAAUUUAGUUGAUGUCACUUGUACUCAGCUCCAAUUGUUAGUGUUUUUUUAGUGUAGUUUAGUUUUUGGGUAUUUUUGGACUUUAUCCUGUUAGAGAGUCUUGACCAAUCAGAAUCAAGUAUCUAACACAGCCAGGUGAUGAGUAGGACAGCUGGAUCAUAAUAAACUAAACUUGCUAAACUUGUUUUUUUCCGUUUACAGGCUGCCAGUGUGAUGCAGAACCAACAAGUCCAACAGCUGUGAGUGUCAACAAGGAGUCAUUGUAUAUGAGGUUGUUUGUUUUGAAGCUCACUCUGACUCACUGUGUCACUGUGUGCUCAGUAUGUCAGGAAUGAUGUCAAACGCCGUCGGGGGUCCGGCAGCAGGAGUGGGAGGACUGUCAGACAUCUCAAGUCUGAUUGAAGCGUAAGUGCGCUCCACUCAAGUUUAGAAGAAUACUGUUCGUUAAUUUGUCACUAAUUAACAAGAGUUUUAUGCUGUUGGAGAAAAACAUGCUCUGUAUCCGAAAUAGUUGUUUUAUUUUUUACAGUUUCUAUUUAUUUAAGUAAGAUUUACCACCACAGUUUUCACAUCAACAUAGCAGCAGAAACAGAGAAAAUAAGAGAGGACCCAAUGCCGAACCUUGAGGUACACCACAAGUAAGAGCAGAAGCUUCUAUUUGUUAGGUAAAACUGGAACCCCCUGACACAGUUUGCUGAUUUUGAGUCAAGCAACUUCACAGAAAUCUGAUUUUAAUAAAGGGACCCUUUAUAAAGCACAUACUCAACCCUUUGCCCGACAAGUCUAAAAUUGAAAUCUCUUUACAUACAUUUUUAGUGAAUGCUUUUAAUGAUCUGAUUUUAACCUAAUUGAUGAUUGCAUUAAGGGGAACAAGUCUGAGGUGAUCCCAGUCUUACCUGAAAGAUAGAAGCUCCUCCAUCCAUAUGGAGGAUUAUUUCUCUGGGAUGGCCACUCUUGCUUGUGGUGUUCCUCAAGGGUCAAUUUUAGGCCCGAUCUUAUUUCCUCUUUAUGCUGCCACUAUGGUUUACUUUCCACAAAUAUUUCUGCAACUUAAGAAGAGAAAUAAGAUGAAGUGUACAGACACAAAAAUGACAUGUAUGCUAUGAAGUGGAGUUUAUGGGUUCAUGACAUAUUAAAACUUUUAUAGAGUAAGAUCCACAAACUAAGAAAAAUCUGUCUUUCACUAUUUGGGUGUGAUUUAGAUUUUUUUUCUGAUUUUUUAAAUGCCACAUAUUGAGAGAAAGUUAUUCAAAAACAAGUCAGAGAACUGUAAAAUUUGGUGAACCCUCAAACAUCAGAUUUCCCUCCACAUAAUUAUAUUUUUAUAUUUAAAUGUUGAUUAAAAAUUAAAAAAUAGUUUUCCUAUCUCGUGGUCAAACACCUCGUGCCAAAAACCUCGUUGUUUACAGAGAAGUUUUGCUCUGUCCUGUGUCUGUCAGCGGACAGCAGUUCGCCCAGCAGAUCCAGCAGCAGAACCCGGAGCUGAUUGAGCAGUUAAGGAACCACAUCCGGAGCCGCUCGUUCAGCGGCAGCGCAGAGGAGCACUCAUGAUCUUCUUAGGUAUCCCUUACAUUUGUAAACUGAGCCCUAUGAGUCUCAUUUGCGUAUAAGUUUGAGUCACUAACCUGCUUUAUUUUAUUUCAGCGUCACUUUUAUUAUUUUCAAGAAAGGGCAACCAUACGGCGCGAUUACAAUCUCUACACCCAUUUCUUAAAGUCAAAUCCCCGGCGUAGCUGGACUGAAGAGACAAGGAUGGGGUUGAAGGCACUUUACUGUGAUUAAAGGCCCCUGCAGAGGUGGAGGGACGAAGGGCCUGGAGACUGGACCAUGAAACAAAGCAACCCCACACAUCUAGGGCAUAAACAUAUCGCAAACACCCGCUCAUACUGAAAGCCAAGAAUGCAUCCAGCUGACAGAGAGAGUCAGAGCUUUCCCAUCCUGCAGAGAUCGUGUUUAUUUAAAUGUGCUAAACAUACUUGCGUCAUACUCUGAGGAAAGGAUCGGUCUGAGCAAUUAUGAUGAGUUCUAGAGAGUUCUGGGAGGAAUGUACUUUCACAGCAUCGCAGGGAACAUUUCUGCUUUUUCUCAUUGAAUUCCCAUAAGACAUCAGGUUUACCUUGUUUAUACUGUAUCUGUUAUUUUUGUAGACAGAACACACUCGUCUCGUGUGUGGGUGAAAAAACAUGUAGGACUCACUUCACUGCUUUUAAACGAGAACUACUUCAGUUUUAAUUAAAUCUACGGUCUAUUGUAUAGCAGUGUUUGCAGCCUGCAUUAUGUUGUUAUUGCACUUUAGUAUAAAGAAAAAAGAUAAGGUCCCCCUUUAAGCCUAUUUAUUGUUCAUAAACUGUUAAAGUAUUCAGAUUGUUCUUUUUGCAUGCUCUUAAAUCUGAUAUUUGAGAUCAGAUGCUUUAUGGAGAUAAUAGGUAUGCUAGGGCAGCAUAAUGUUUUGUCUAAAACGUCUGAAUAAACGUCCUAAAACUGAGAAAUCACCCAGAG